AUGCUGCGCGCCUCGAUCGCUUGUUCGCUGUUGGCGUCCGCGACGUCGUUCCUCCUCCCCUCCUCCCCCUUCCCUGCCACCACCUCCUCCCUUCCCUCCUCCUGCACUUCCUUCUCGUCAUCGACGCCGCUUCUACCUGGUCGCCAUGUUCGCUCGGGCGCUGCCAAGUCGGCGAUCCCUUCCCUCACCCCACGGGCUCGAGCAAGCAGCUCUUUGCUGGCGGUGAGGAUGCAGGCGGACGGCCUGUGCAGAGUGGUAGUGACUGGCAUGGGUAUCAACUCCUGCCUCGGCAACACCCUCGAUGACGUUACAUCCUCUCUCAAAGAGGCUAAGAGCGGAAUCCGCUUCAGACAGGACUUCGCAGACAACGGGCUCAAAUCGCAGGUGUGCGGAUGGCCCGAGCUCACAGAGGAGGAGAUCAAGGAGAGGAUUCCCCGCCAGACCCUCCGCUUCAUGGGGCCUCACGCCAAGUACGCGUACCUGGCCCUUCAGGACGCCAUCAACGACUCAGGGCUCAAGGAGUCGGAGUAUCAGGGUAACCCCGACUUCGCCUCUAUCCUCGGGCAGGGAGGAGCUUCAGUGCAGGACAUGAUGGAGACUGUGGAGGCGGUUCGUAGCCAGGCUCCCCGUUGGGCGAACAAGGUCGGUCCUUACAGGGUGACCCGAUCUAUGGGAUCCUCGGUCUCUGCCAUCCUCGCUACUGCGUUCAAGCUCCAGGGCCCCUCAUUCUCCAUCUCCUCCGCCUGCUCCACUGGAGCUCACUGCAUCGGAGUCGGCAUGGAGCAGGUGUGGGCAGAGGGCGCGUUGAUGGUGGGGAGGCUAGAGGAGGAAGUGGGAGAUGAGAUCCAGCUGGGCAAAGCAAAGUUGGCUGCCUGCGGUGCCGGAGAGGCUGAUGGCUGGGAGUUCACUGCCAUGUUUGACUGCAUGGGAGCACUUUCGAGCAAGUACAACGACUCCCCCAAAACGGCCUCGAGAGCCUUCGACAAGACUCGCGAUGGAUUCGUGAUUGCUGGAGGAGGAGGAGUUCUGAUCCUCGAAGAGUACGAACAUGCCAAGGCUCGCGGAGCUAAGAUCUAUGCGGAGCUCACUGGAUAUGGUGCGAACUCUGACGGGUACGACAUGGUGGCUCCCUCAGGCUUCGGAGGAGAAGAGUGUAUGAAGAUUGCUCUCGGCAUGGCGAACAAGGGUCCCCACGGGGAGAGAAAAGUUGACUACAUCAACUGUCAUGGAACUUCAACUCCAGUAGGAGACGCGAUGGAGCUCGAGGCGAUCAAGAGGGCCUUUGUCAAGGAUCCAUCCAGGGGAUACUCUCCCUUCGUUGGGUCUACCAAGUCAAUCUCCGGACACUCGCUCGGGGCUGCGGGUGUCCACGAGGCGAUCUACUCGAUCUUAAUGAUGCAGAAUGACUUCUUGGCGGAGUCUGCUCACAUCAAGGAUAUCUGCGACGAGUCUGAGGGUCUCAAUAUCUUGAGGAAGAGAUAUGACGGCAAAGUCAACCGCGUAAUGUCCAACAGCUUCGGCUUUGGUGGCACCAAUGCCUGCCUUGUCUUCGACCGCGUCUAA